CCGUGCCAACCGCUCCUUCGGAAGAGUCGCACUCUCUCCCUCCGCAAAAGCGCACUCCACACCAAGCCGGCGCGCCUGGCCCCGAGAAUACCACCCCAAGCCGCGCCGAGAGCCAGAGAAACACCCUCCAAUCCCCCCCAAAAUGAACCACGGCGACCAUGGCGGCGACGGCGGCGCCGGCCCGGCCUGCAAGAUUUCCAUGCUCUGGAACUGGUACACCAUCGACGCGUGUUUCCUCACCUCGUCCUGGCAAAUCGCCAGCCACGGCGCCUUCGCGGCGACCUGCCUGGGGGUGAUCCUCAUGGUGGUCGUGCUCGAGGGGCUGCGGCGCCUGGGCAAGGAGUACGACGAGCACAUCCAGCGCGAUUUCGCCGCGCGCGUCGCGCUCAUCGCCAACGUGCCCGCCGCCGGUACCGGUGCCGAUGGCAGUGCCAGUUCGUCUUCGUGCCCCGCUGCGGGGAGGAACGGCGGGGAUGGUGGUGAUGGGGAGACGCAGGCCCCGCGUACCGUGACGUUCCGCGCGUCGCCGCUGCAGCAGUUUAUCAGGGCGCUGAUUCAUGCCGCGACGUUUGGGCUGGCGUAUAUUGUCAUGUUGUUGGCUAUGUACUACAACGGGUACAUCAUUAUCUGUAUCUUGAUCGGUGCGCUGCUGGGCAAGUUCUUGUGCGACUGGAUGACGAGGACGGUGGUGAUCGGGGGGAUGGAGAAUGGUUCGGUCAAGGGGGGGAAUACCGCGGCCGGGGUGGAGGAGCCGACGGUUUGCUGUGGGUGAAGGGGGGUGUUUAAUUGUCUUUUAAUGUUUGAUACCCUGAUAA